GCGCUGGCGGCGGCAGCUACAGCAGAGACCUGGGCUGUACUCGUCCCCCUUCUCCUCCUUUUUUUUUUUUUUUUUUUUUUUUUUCCCCUUCCUCCUCCUUCCCCUCCUUCCUCCCCCUUUUCCCUCCCCUUCGCCUGCGCUGCCAGAGCCACCGAAACUCCCGUGCAGAGCCGCGCCGCCGCCGGUAGCCCGUGCGCUGCCCCGGCGCUCGCUCGAGCUGGAAAGUUGCGGCAGGCUCCGGGCUCGGCUGCCGCGGGGAGGGGGCUCCGGACUUACAAAACCCGGCCAGGGGCACGGGCUGGGCGUUUGCACCGACCUUCUUCUUCCUGCACUGACCCGAAGGCAGCAUCUUUGUUUUGUUUUGCUUUUGCCCUUCCUGCUACCGCUCCUUUCUCCUUGCGAGCGGGCGCCUCGGAGCCGGCGGCUGCCGCAGCCCGCGGUGCGGGGCGAGCGCUGACACCGAGAGCCAGGAGCCAGCCAGGCGGCCCGCUCGUCCUUGGCUUUGUUGCUCCGGACUGAAGAAGCCCCAGAAGCCGGGAGAAGGAGGAGGCGGAGGAGUGGGAGCAGAGGAAAGGAAGCGAGAGCUGAAAGCCAAAGUUGGUUUGGAAUAGGGGAGCGCGGCCAGCCCUCUGCCAGACUGCGCGCUGGGGUAAAGUCUCCAGCCCCCUCCGCCGGGAGAGGUGCCCGCAAGACAGCGAUGGCCGGAGAGCUCAGCAUCGGAGCCGAGCUGCCCACUAGCCCGCUGGCCAUGGAGUACGUGAACGACUUCGACUUGAUGAAGUUCGACGUGAAGAAGGAGCCCCUGGGCAGGAACGACCGCUCGGGCAGGCACUGCACCCGCCUGCAGCCGGCCGGCUCCGUCUCCUCCACCCCCAUCAGCACCCCCUGCAGCUCCGUGCCCUCCUCGCCCAGCUUCAGCCCCACCGAGCAGAAGACCCACUUGGAGGACCUGUACUGGAUGGCCAACAGCUACCAGCAGAUGAACCCCGAGGCGCUGAACCUCACCCCAGAGGACGCUGUCGAAGCCCUCAUUGGGUCCCACCAGGUGUCCCAGCAGCUGCAGGGCUUCGAGGGUUUCCGGGCCCACCACCACCACCAUCAUCACCAUCACCAACACCACCACCAGUAUCCCGCAGUCACUCACGAAGACCUGGCCGGCAGCGGGCACCCUCACCAUCACCACCAUCAUCACCACCAGGCCUCUCCCACUCCCUCCACCUCCUCCAGCUCCUCCCAGCAGCUCCAGAACUCGCACCAGCAGCAUCCCCCCUCCAGCAGCGUGGAGGACCGGUUCUCAGAUGACCAGCUGGUCUCCAUGUCUGUGAGGGAGCUCAACAGGCACCUCCGAGGCUUCACCAAAGAUGAGGUGAUCCGCCUCAAGCAGAAGAGGAGGACCUUGAAGAACAGGGGCUAUGCCCAGUCCUGCAGGUAUAAACGUGUCCAGCAGAAACACCACCUGGAGAACGAAAAAACGCAGCUCAUUCAGCAGGUGGAACAGCUCAAGCAAGAAGUGACCCGGCUCGCCAGAGAGAGAGACGCCUACAAGCUCAAGUGUGAGAAACUGGCCAGCAAUGGCUUCAGAGAGGCCGGCUCCACCAGUGACAACCCGUCUUCCCCUGAGUUCUUCAUGUGAGUGCUUAACAAAAAUAAUUAAAAAACAAACAAAAACUCCCCACCCCCCAAACCUGACCCCUGUCACCUUCCCCCCCGCUCCCAUCCUCCUCUGACAUCUCCAUCCAUCCGUCUGCUUGACUAGAGAGAAAGGAGGAGAGAAAAAUAGAGACUUGAUUUUUUUUUUUUUUUUUUUCAGCAUCCAGUCUUCUAGAGUAGCUGUGGGAAAAGUAGGCUGGGGGUGGGGAUGGGAGAGGUAAAGUGCAACUUUUUGACUUUCGUGUGCAAGUUAGAGAGAGAGACAGAGGCAAAGGAGAAAAGGACAAGUGAAGCGUUUUAUAGAUCGCUUGCUUGCAGAGCGAGAUGGACUUUAAAAGAAUAAUAAUAAAAAAGGACAAUGAACAAGCCAUCUGUAAUAUACUGCCUGCUUGGAAAGAGAGAGGACAUAUACAGCACCAUCUCAUGCACAAUUUACCUGCUUGGAAAAAGAGAAUAAAUAAAAAGGACAAUAUAUGCAAACUCUUCAUAUAUUGCCUGCUUUGAGAAAUAAGUUACAGGACUCAGAUGGGACAUUCAAUCUAAGAAAAGAAAGAAUGAAAGAAAAAAAAACUCAUCAGUUUUAUUGCCUGCUUGAUUAUAUAGAAAAAUACGAAAAUCUGCAUUAAAAAUAUUAAUCCUGCAUGCUGGACAUGUAUGGUAAUAAUUUCUAUUUUGUACCAUUUUCUUGUUUAACUAUAGCAUGUUGAUCAUCGAUCAUAGAUUUCUGUUGUUGUUUCAUCAAUAAGAAAAACAUCACAAGUUAUCGAACUUUUUACUGCUUGUGCAGUUUUGUUCGUUGGUUUUGCUCUUGUUUUCUUUUAUGGUUGUUAGCUUGUAAAUAUCUGCUACUUCAAACCGUACAGGAGAAAAAUACACAAAAAACAAAAUAACAUUUCAGCAGGCUGGUUAUACGGUUUGUUUGGUGUUAAAGAGAUACUUAAAGAAAAAAAGUUAUGGGCAUUUUGCAUUAGAAAAAAACCAACUUUGUAUAUCUGGUGCACUUUUAAGUUGUAUUUUUUUGUGUUAGUUUUCAUUUUGGUUUUUGUUUGUUGGGGCAGAAGCAAAAAAGCCUGAGUGGCAUUGACAAACCUAAACUUAACAGGGAAAAACCCUCCUCGGUCACUAGAACCUACUCCAUGCCUUAAAGUGGCAGCGAAGCUCUUUCCUCCAGGACAAUUCCCAGCCUGAGUGGUUUAGGCUUGGCCAGAUAAUUUCCCUUCUGAUUGAACACUCAGGAAGCGAAGGACGGACGAGAUACCAGUUCCAUUU